AUGCUGGAGGAACGGAUGCAGAUUGCUGAAAAUCCUUACUCUGAGUGUGGUCUCACAGAUAAUGUCAAGAGGAUAGUAGAGAAGAAGAAUGCAGAAAAGUAAUCAAAACAGAAAGUGGGUCUCCAGUCUUUGCCACCUGAUGCCCACCUGGAUCAGACAAUUGUGCCUGUCUUAUUGCAGGGACUUGCUGUGCUUGCAAAGGGAAGACCAUCAAAUCCCAAUGAAUUUCUAGCAUAUCUUUUACAAAACAGGGCACUGUUUGAAGAUCGAAACUAA